CAUUAAGUGUUAUAAAGAAUAUAAGUAUACUUAUUGUACACUGUACUUAGAUCGUGUGAAACUCUCGGGAUAUCCAGUAGGUGGCAGUAAGUAAACUAAGGCGCUGUCUGAUCUACUCCACCAGAAGAAGAGGGAGAUUCAAAACAGCUGCUGCUGUGCCAGCUAUAAAGUUUCCAGCAUGCAUGCUUUUGGAAUCCAAUGUUCUCCAUCCCUUCCUCACCUUAGCCCUGUCGAUAAUGUUGUCUCCAAGCAACCCUUUUCUGAAUAUGGUUGAGGGGGUGGAGUCCGUCAUUGGGAGGCGUGGCUUUCAAGUGAUCUGGAAUGUACCAACAGCUCGGUGUCAGCGUCGAUAUGGAGUCUCCCUGCCACUUCAGCAGUACAACAUCAUACACAAUUCACACCAGAGAUUUCAGGGUCAAAAUAUGAGCAUAUUUUAUCAGCGCCGCCUGGGCCUCUACCCUUACAUCAGCCGUGAAGGGGUAAAAGUCAAUGGUGGCUUACCUCAAGAGGGAUACCUAAAGGCUCAUCUAUCAUUAGCAGGAGUGGAGAUCAGGGAAAAGCUGAGGUCGAGCUUCAGUGGAUUAGCAGUGCUAGAUUGGGAGGCAUGGGAACCUGUGUGGAAGUGGAACUUCGGGACCAGAAUUGUAUAUCGGAAACUUUCUAAAAAGCUGGUUAGGUGGGAACAUCCAGAUAUGUCUGAAGAGGAAGUUAAAUCCAAAGCAAAACUGGACUUUGAGUUAGCAGCAAGACAGUUUAUGGAAGAGACUCUGCGUCUUGGGCUUCGCCUCUGUCCAGAGGGAUUAUGGGGGUUUUAUGGUUUUCCAAGUUGCUAUAACAACAAUGGGCAAGGACAGAGCGGGUACACGGGGAAGUGCCACAAUGGCACAGAAAUUUUAAAUGAUAGACUGGGGUUUUUAUGGCAACAAUCCACUGCCCUGUAUCCAAGCAUUUAUUUGUGGCGUAAACUGGCCGGACACACACACGCUCAGCUAAUGGUGAGACACCGUAUUCUUGAGGCCCUCCGAGUGGCUUCCCAGCAUUCACCUGGCAGUGAACCACUUCCUGUAUUUCCCUACACCCGAGUGGCAUUCAUACACUCAUUGACGUUUCUGAAUCAGACAGAUUUGGAGCACACACUUGGUGAGAGCGCAGCUUUAGGUGCCGCAGGAGUUGUGUUAUGGGGUGAACUGAGUUUUGCAAAAUCCAAGCAUCAGUGCACUCUCUUGCGUGAUUACCUGAGUUCAGUAUUAGGAGAGUAUAUCACCGCCCUGCGGGCCGGAGUGACGAACUGCAGUGAGAGACUGUGCAACGCCCAGGGACGCUGCUCUCGAUGGGACCCUCACUCACAUCACAUGAUCCCACUACUUGGUCCCCAUGAUGCCCUUUCUCUCAGUGACAUGAGGUCAAAGUUCAAGUGUGUCUGUUAUGAAGGAUGGAGUGGAGAAAAGUGUGAGCAUAGAAUUUCUUAAAAACACAUAAUUUCUGGACUUCAUCUCUGAUUAUAAACAAAGAUGUGUUCGAAAAAUCUGAGAAAAGGCAAAAGUACAGAACUGUACUAACAGGAACGCUCCACUUUCUUGGAAAUAUGCAAAUUUUACGUGUCCCCCACAGUUAAACUAUUGAGUUUUACCAUUUUUGAUUUUCAUUCAGUCACUGUCUGGAUUUAGCAGGGACACAUUUAGCUUAGUUUAGUAUAAAUCAUUGAAUUGGAUUAGACUAUUAGCAUCUGGCUCAAAAAAAAAAAAAAUAGUUUGAUAAUUGUGAAAUAUGAAAUAUUUAAAUUCAAAGUUUUUGAAAUGUUAGCAUCAAUAUGUUAGUUUUAAGAUAUAUAUAAGCUAGUGAGCUCUAAAACAGAACAAAAAACACAUUUAGCUGAUCUAAACAAGUAAAGCUUGUAGUCUGUCAUUUCCACCAAAAUGGAUCAAUUCUUUUUUUUCAGGUCACCUUAUAUCUAAAUUUCUCAUCAAAUCUCGACCUAUCAAAUGCCCUCUAAAAUGCCCCACCCCCUUCAAGACGCUUCUUAUUGGCUUUUCAUUUGAUGUGCUUGAGCUCAACCACUUUUAACGGCAGAGCUUUUUUUAAAGCAGCUAUUCUAUGCCCCACCCUCUCUUAAUGUUUCUGUUGAGAUUACAUCAACAUUAAAUAAAAAAGAUAAUUUCAAAUCACUUUACACUUAACCCUUCUGUAGUUACAUCUGAAACUAAGACCGACAGAAAAAGAAAAGUUGCUAUAUUCUAUGUCGUUAUGGCUAGGAACUAUACUAAAAUGUGCCUACAUCAAAAAAAGUGGAGUGUUUUAAUGGGGAAAGAAUUCAAAAAUCAUGGAAAACAUUGUGAAUGAUAUCAAAUUUUAAAUCAAAGCGAAAUAUAAAACAAUUUAAUUAGAGCAGUUAGUAACUAUAUAAACAAUAUACAAUAUUUCAAAUUUCAAGAGUGUAGGAAAGUCAUGAUGUCCGCUUGUUAAGUCAUGAUGUAUGGAAUACUGUUUCCGGGUCGAAACCACUAAUUUGAAUUGAGAAAAUAUUCGUUUAUGAGCACUUUUUAGUCAUAUCACACAUUAACAGUCUCUCGACUUUUUGCAUUACAGACCUCAACAUUUUAACAAUUUAUAAAAAAAUUAUCACUUUCUGACUACCGGAUAUUAAGCAUGGGUAUAUAUAUUGCAAUCGUGAUUUUUGAAAGUAUUACAUUGCUUUGUUGACGUUUAUUAUUACUAACAUUUGUUGAGUGUCCCCAUACAGUUUGAUUGAUGGCUUGGACCCGAAAGCCGAUUCGGUUGACGUCGCACUUAACAAGCGGAUACUGGCUCUCUGCAGUUAUCUGAUUGGAGGAAUUUUUGCACAGCCUCGUUUAAUGAAGUUUUUUUACACAAAUCACACUACUGUUUUAGAAAUUGGAUUUAUGCAAAUAAAUUGGUUAACAAGAAACUCAAAAUCAAUCAACAUCCUGGAGUUCUCAACGAAUCUAUCUUUUAAAGUUAUCAGGUAUUGUUAAAAAUCAGUUUCCCAGUGAAGAAAAUGUUUACAGUGCCAGAUUUUAUUGUUUAUUUUAAUAUUUUUGUUUAUCAAACAGAACAUCAUGGUUUAAAUAAUUAUUUACAGUCAUUCUGCAAUCACUCACAAUAGUGGGAUGUGCUUGCUCAUUUAAAAUGUCAUUUAUAAAGCAUUUUUAUAUCACAAAGUACCAUUUGAUGUAGUGACAAUAUACGAGUAAGAUUAUUAA